GCGUCGGGCUCGAGGGUUCGUGGAACCAACUGUAGCCUCAGCAUCCCCCCGCAGCGCGUCCAUCCUCCGCGCGCACGAGUUUAGAUUUCAUAUUUCAUAUUCUGACGGGUCCCGUCGCAUCGACAGCAGCAACAUGUUGGACCCGUCUUCUAGCGAAGAGGAAGGGGACGAGGUGGUGGAAGUGGAUCACAAAGAAGUGACAGCCCCGAAGAACGGAGCGGCGCCCCGGCCAUCUCCCAGCCGAGCCCCCGAGCCCUGCGCCGGGCUGCAGCCUCCGGGUCGAGGGGGCAGCGGCGGCCGCCCCUCCAGCCCCAGCCCUUCCAGCGGCGACAAAGAGAAGGAGGACCUGCAGGAGAAGAUGCAGAGGGAGGAGGAGGAAAGGAAGAAGAGACUCCAGCUCUACGUAUUCGUUAUGCGCUGCAUCGCUUAUCCAUUCAACGCCAAGCAGCCGACCGACAUGGCCAGGAGGCAGCAGAAGAUCAGCAAGCAGCAUCUGCAGACGGUGAAGGAGCGAUUCCAGGCCUUCCUCAGCGGAGACACGCAGAUCGUUGCAGACGAGGCCUUCAUCAACGCGGUCCAGAGCUACUACGAUGUGUUCCUGAAGAGUGACCGCGUGUCCCGCAUGGUGCAGAGCGGUGGCUGCUCUGCCAGCGACUCACGGGAGGUGUUCAAGAAGCACAUCGAGAAGCGUGUGCGCAGCCUGCCCGAGAUUGACGGGCUGAGCAAGGAGACGGUGCUGAGCUCCUGGAUGGCCAAGUUCGACACCAUCCACCGCGGGGAGGAGGACCCCCGCAAGCAGCAGCAGCGUCUGACGGCUAGUGCCGCCUCAGAGCUCAUCCUGAGCAAGGACCAACUCUACGAGAUGUUCCAGCAGAUCUUGGGCAUCAAGAAGUUUGAGCACCAGCUCCUCUACAACGCCUGCCAGCUGGACAACCCUGAUGAGCAGGCCGCCCAGAUACGGAGGGAGCUGGACGGACGCCUGCAGAUGGCCGAUCAGAUUGCCAGGAGCGGCAAGUUCCCCCGGUUCGUGUCCAAAGAGAUGGAGGCCAUGUUCGUGGAGGAGCUGCGAUCCUCGGUCAACCUGCUCAUGGCCAACCUGGAGAGCAUGCCUGUCUCCAAGGGUGGGGAGUUCAAGCUGCAGAAGCUGAAGAGGGGCCACAACACCUCCAUCAUGGACAUGGGCCAGGAGGACGAGAACAUCCUGUCGAAGUCCGACGUGGUGCUGUCCUUCACCCUGGAGGUGGUGAUCAUGGAGGUGCAGGGUCUCCGGUCGCUGGCCCCCAGCAGGAUUGUCUACUGCACCAUGGAGGUGGAGGGAGGACACAAGCUGCAGACCGACCAGGCGGAGGCCUCUAAGCCCACCUGGGGCACCCAGGGGGACUUCACCACCACUCAGCCUCUCCCGGCCGUGAAGAUCAAGCUGUUCACAGAGAGCACCGGGGUGCUCGCCCUUGAGGACAAGGAGCUGGGACGGGUGGUGCUCCACCCGACCCCCAACAGCCCCAAACAGCCCGAGCUCCACAAGAUGACGGUGUCCAAAGGCUGUCCGGACGGCGACCUCCGGAUUAAGCUGGCCGUCCGCAUGGACAAGCCCCAGAACAUGAAGCAUUGUGGGUACCUCUGGGCCAUUGGGAAGAACGUGUGGAAAAGAUGGAAAAAAAGAUUCUUUGUGCUGGUGCAGGUCAGCCAGUACACAUUCGCCAUGUGCAGCUACAGAGAGAAGAAGACGGAGCCGGUGGAGCUGCUGCAGCUAGACGGCUACACCGUGGACUACACAGACCCCCAGCCUGGUCUGGACGGGGGGCGGACCUUCUUCAACGCGGUGAAGGAGGGAGACACGGUGAUCUUUGCCAGCAACGACGAGCAGGACCGCAUCCUGUGGGUCCAGGCCAUGUACCGCGCCACGGGACAGUCCCACAAGCCCGUCCCGCCCACACAGGUCCAGAAGCUCAACUCGAGGGGGGGCACGGCACCGCAGUUGGACGCACCCAUCUCCCAGUUCUACGCAGACCGGGCGCAGAAGCACGGCAUGGAUGAGUUCAUUUCGGCCAACCCCUGCAACUUCGACCACGCCUCCCUGUUUGAGCUGGUGCAGCGCCUCACCCUGGACCACAGGCUGAACGACUCCUAUUCGUGUCUGGGUUGGUUCAGCCCGGGCCAGGUGUUCGUCAUGGACGAGUACUGCGCCCGCAACGGGGUCAGGGGCUGCCACAGGCACCUGUGUUACCUGGGCGACCUGCUGGAGCGGGCUGAGAACGGUGCCAUGAUCGACCCCACCCUGCUGCACUACAGCUUUGCCUUCUGCGCCUCCCACGUCCAUGGCAACAGGCCGGAUGGGAUCGGCACGGUGACGGUGGAGGAGAAGGAGCGCUUCGAGGAGAUCAAGGAGAGGCUGCGCGUGCUGCUGGAGAACCAGAUCACCCACUUCAGGUACUGCUUCCCGUUCGGCCGUCCAGAAGGAGCCCUGAAGGCCACACUGUCCCUGCUGGAGCGGGUCCUCAUGAAGGACAUUGUCACGCCUGUGCCACAAGACGACGUGAAGGCUGUGAUUCGUAGAUGUCUGGAGCAAGCAGCACUGGUCAACUACCAGCGUCUUUCUGAGUAUGCCAAGAUAGAAGAGAAUGUAGGGCGCUUAGUCACUCCCGCCAAAAAGCUAGAAGACACGAUCCGUCUGGCGGAGCUGGUGAUCGAAGUGCUGCAACAAAACGAGGAGCACCAUGCUGAGGCGUUCGCGUGGUGGUCGGACCUGAUGGUGGAGCACGCCGAGACCUUCCUGUCUCUGUACUCGGUGGACAUGGACGAGGCUCUUGAGGUCCAGCCGCCCGACAGCUGGGACAGUUUCCCGCUCUUCCAGCUGCUCAAUGACUUCCUGAGGACCGACUACAAUCUGUGCAACGGAAAGUUCCACAAGCACCUGCAGGACCUGUACGCCCCGCUGGUGGUGCGCUACGUGGACCUGAUGGAGUCCUCCAUAGCCCAGUCCAUCCACCGCGGCUUCGAGAGGGAGUCCUGGGAGCCUGUCAAUAACGGUUCAGGAACCUCAGAGGAUCUCUUCUGGAAGCUGGACGCUCUGCAGACCUUCAUCAGAGACCUUCACUGGCCUGAGGAAGAGUUUGGCAAGCACCUGGAGAGCCGUCUGAAGCUCAUGUCAAGCGACAUGAUAGAGUCCUGCAUCAAGAGGACCCGCGUGGCCUUUGAGGUCCGUCUCCAGAAGAGCAGCCGCGCCACAGACUUCCGUGUGCCACAGUCCAUCUGCACCAUGUUCAACGUGAUGGUGGACGCCAAGGCCCAGUCCGCCAAGCUGUGCGCCAUGGAACUGGGCCAGGAGAGACAAUACCAUUCUCAGAUCGACAACCUGAUUGAGGAGACGGUGAAGGAGAUGAUCACUCUACUGGUAGCAAAGUUCAUGGUCAUCCUGGAGAGCGUCCUGGCCAAGCUGUCCCGCUACGACGAGGGAACGCUGUUCUCUUCCUUCCUGUCCUUCACCGUGAAAGCUGCCUCUAAGUAUGUGGAUGUUCCUAAGCCGGGCAUGGACGUGGCGGACGGCUACGUGACUUUCAUGCGCCACUCCCAGGACAUGCUGCGGGACAAGGUCAACGAGGAGGUCUACAUAGAGAGGCUGUUUGAUCAAUGGUACACCAGUACUAUGAACCUCCUUGGAACAUGGCUGACUGACCGUAUGGACCUCCAGCUCCACCUGUACCAGCUGAAAAUCCUCAUCCGGGUUGUCAAGAAGAAGUACCGGGACUUCCGUCUGCAGGGGGUGCCGGACUCCACGCUGAACAGCAAGAUGUACGACACGGUCCGCAACCGGCUGACCCUGGAAGAGGCCACCGCCUCGGUGAGGGAAGGGGGGAUGCAAGGUAUAUCCAUGAGAGACAGCGACGAAGACGACGAUCACUAGAUCAAACCAUGACGAAGACCCCCCCCCCCAAAAGUCUUACCCUACCUUACAGGACCCUUGGCAAUGACACACUGGCCCUACGGCGAGCCGACGGGAGGGAGUAGGACCGUCUCAGAAGGUUUUGCUCUGCAGGGAUGGAGCUAAAGGCCUCUCUGACUAAAGGACUAAUGUUUUGGAUGAAAAUAACAUUUGCUUUCCAAUUUGAUCUUUCAGGUUAUUCUGAAAACCUGCAUACUCUCAUUUUCAUACUCGCCAAAUGAUUGCAUCUUCCAAAAGAAAGGCUAAUUUAUAAAUAAAGUGAUUGCGAUGUUUGGCUCAUAUUAAACAAAUGAGUCUGGGACUUGUGAGCAAACACGUGAGCAUAUUAUGAAAGCUACUACUCGUGGCCGUUUUAACUCGGGGCUAAAGCACAUGUAUUCCAGACGAGAACGGACGUGAGGUUUCAUGAGAAGGAGUCAUAUAUCUGCUCCGCCUGCUAGACAGUCCACUGCCAUACUAAUUCCC